AUGUACCUCCUUGUGUACGUGGAUGAUAUUGUCCUGGUUAGCUCCUCUCCAACGGCUGCUGAUGCUCUUGUGACUGCGCUAGGUCGUGAUUUUGCAGUUCAGGAUUUGGGACAACUUCAUUUCUUCCUGGGUAUUGAAGUCGCUCAUCAGUCUCGUGGUAGUUUGGCUCUCACCCAAAAGAAGUACUCUCUUGAUCUCUUGCGUCGUGUUGGUAUGCUCAAGUGCAAGACAUCGCCUACGCACAUGUCCUCCGCUGACAAACUUUCAGCUGCUGAUGGUGCUCCUCUAUCUCUUCAGGAUGCUACUGAGUACAGGAGUAUCGUUGGUGGCUUGCAGUAUCUGACGAUCACGCGUCUUGAUCUCUCCUUUGUGGUUAACAGGGUGUGCCAGUAUCUUCAUGCACCUACUGAUGUGCACUAG